AAGUUUAUGCAAACAAGAUGGCGGCUUCCGUAAUCACCAGCCGGCAAGAAGCACGGUUUUAACACAUUCUCUGAUUCUCGCAUUUGUCAGUUGUUUAACAUCACUGUGCUGCACACAAGAACGAAUUCGUCAGAAAUGGAAACAACUAGCACGGGACGCCUACGCAAAUUGGCCGCGAAGUUUUCGAACCUCUCACGUCCUGAUGGUUCAGCAAUAUUGGCACAAGGAGAGACUGUCGUUCAAGCAGGCGUCUACGGGCCAGUUGAAGUAAAACAAAUGCGCGAGCACCCUGAGAAGGCCACAGUAGAAGUAUUUUUUCGAUCUAAAGCGGGGCAGCAAAGCUGCUCAGAUCGAAUGUCUGAAAAGGUUAUUCGAAGCACGCUGGAGACUGCUAUGUUGACAGCCCUACAUCCGCGCUCUUGCAUAUCAUUAACAUGUCAAGAGUUUCACAACAACGGUGGUGUGCUGGCCUGUGCAAUAAAUGCUGCCUGCCUGGCAUCCAUUGAUGCUGCAGUCAGCAUGAAGUGUCACAUAGCAGCAGUCACAGCAGCGAUCACCAACACGGGGAUUAUUGUGCUGGACCCUGACAGCCAGCAGGAGCAGGAAGCAAGGGCAGUGUGCACAUUCUCCUUCGAGAGCAAAGAGUCCAAACUGGUCUCGACCUACACCAGUGGCCAGUUUUCCAAGGAGGAGUUCCAGAGGUGCCUGGCUCUGUGCCAAGCAGCAGCAGGCGACAUCUUUGCCUUCUACCAGGAUGCACUGCAGAAACGCUACUGCCAGUCAUUCACAGCAGAUGGUGGCAGCGAUGCCGAUUAAAGUGCCAUUGUCUGCCUCCA